UGAGGGGAUUAUUGAUAGAGCCACUUAAACCAAAAACAAAAAAUGGCAUUAUUAGAAGAAUAAUAAGUGCCAUAACUCAAACAGUUAUCUUGCCAUCCUGAUAUUUCUGAGAGUUCCAUAUGGGUGAACAACACCAGAGAUUGCUGGAUAACACAAGUUAUGAAGCUGAAGAAUUUGGGGGUGAAAUUAAAGUUUCUAAACCAAACUCAAGUAGUACUGUCAACUGGAAAUGGUGGUUUGAGUUAACUUUCUAUACACUCCUCACCUUAUCAGGCUUAGAAUCUUCUAUUCUCUUAUCAAGAAUUUACUAUGACCAAGGAGGAAACAGCAAAUGGCUCAUGGCUUCAAUCCAAACUGCAGCCUUCCCUUUCCUCAUCCCCUUUCUCUUCAUCUCAUCAUCACCAAAAAUUCAUCCCAAUUUUUCUUCAAACCCACCGCCUUCUCUUCUGAUUCUGGCUUUAGUUUCCACUGUUCUUGGUUUGCUCUUAGCAGCAACUGAUGUUUUCUAUUCACUUGCCAUAGAUUAUCUCCCUGCCUCUACUUAUUCCCUUCUUAACUCAUCCCAGUUGGCCUUCACUGCCCUUUUCUCUUUUCUCCUUAAUGCCCAAAGCUUCACCCCUUACAUAAUCAACGCCGUUAUACUUCUCACUUUCUCCCCUAUGCUCCUAAUCUUCAGCCAGGAAACGACAUCGUCCGAGGUAGCCUCUAAGGAGGAUUAUAUGUUGGGGGUUUUGUUCACAAUCGCCGCCUCUGCUUGCCCUGCUCUGCUAUUCUCCCUAACCCAACUCGUAUUCGAGAAGAUCAUCAAAAGGGAGACCCUUAAAGACACGGUGAUUCUCACUGUUUCACAGUCUUUUGUGGCCACGGUUGUGACUCUGGUGGGGCUGUUUGCCAGUGGGGAGUGGAAGGGGCUGAGGAGAGAAAUGGAGGGUUACAAGCAAGGGGUGUUUGGCUACAAUCUGAACUUGUUUUUGACUGCUGUGGCCUGCCAGGCUUUCUUUGUUGGCUCUUUUACCUUGACUUUUAAGGUUUCGUCCUUGUUUUCCAACGUUGUUAUGAGAUUGGCCACUCCUCUGACUCCAUUGCUGUCGAUGUUGUUGUUGCAUGAAGAGAUGAGUGGGUUGAAGGUGAUGUCUUUGCUGCUGUCUGUCUGGGGAUUUGCUUCUUAUAUUUAUCAGCAAUAUCUUGAUGAUUUGGAGGGGCUACCUACAAGUAAAGAGAUAUCAGAUAUCAAAACUUUAGAUUAAUUGGGUUGUUGAAAAAAUAAAACCAUUUAGUAUAUUUCUAGCUUGUUAAUGGAUGAAUGGAUUUAAUAUUUCCUUUUUAAAGUUACAUGUAACAAAUUUUGUAAAAUAUACUGUAAUAUAAUGGUCAUUAUAUUCCCAAAAUCUUAUCUAUUUAAAGAAAUUAUACAA